AUGACGCAGGAAGAACCGACCGUCCUCCGCAAGGACCAGCUCGAGGUCAGUCUGCACAACGAGAAGAAGCUGAUCAAGGAGGGCGCCAUCAAGGACGACAACCCUCUGGACCUAAGCGAGCCGUUCCGCCAGCUCUGCGAUGCCUGUCGUAAGGGGGAUCUCAAGGUUUGUCAAGAGAAGAUCACAGAGGGGGUCAAUAUUAACGCUCGGGAUCCCUACGACUAUACCCCCUUGAUUCUGGCGAGUCUCUGUGGCCACUAUGAGGUUGCCCAGCUGCUGCUCGAGUCCGGUUCCCUGUGCGAGCGCGACACUUUCCAAGGCGAGAGAUGUCUAUAUAAUGCGCUGAACGACCGUAUACGCAAUCUGCUACUCGAGUACGAUUACUCGAAAUCUACCGAUCCCCUGCAGCCUCUUGCCGCGCAUAUAACGUCGCUCCUUACUCGCGAGACCCCUCAGACGUCGGAUAUUGUUGUAACGGCUGCCGAGGAAUCCCUUCAUCUGCACAAGUUCAUCCUGGCUGCGCGGUCGCCCUAUUUCCGCACCAAGUUGGAAGCUGCGCCUGAAACGACCACAUGGAGGCUCCCCAACACCAUCCCGCCGGAAGCAUUCGGGACGGCAAUCAAAUAUCUCUACUUCGGAGAAGCUCCCCGCGAUCUGAAAAGCGGUCCCGGGACGGGUUUCACGGAAUCGGAGGUAUUCGCAGGCAUUGAUAAGAUUGCCAAGUACCUGGAAAUCAAUACUCUCGUGGACAGCAUUCUCGACAGCGGGGACAGAAGAAUGGCCAGACAAAGGCGCACAAUGGAAGUCGCCAAGGGCCGGGACCAACUGGAGGACUGGUUCCGGGCAAACGUGCUCCAGCAUAAGGUGACCGUGGAAACAUCCAAGGCGGACGACGUCAAGUGGGACAGAGACAAUGCGAUAUUCGCGGAUGUGCUACUUCGGUCGGACGAGCUGCUCGAGGACCUUGAGGACAUUGAGUCCGAUGGUGCCAACUCUGGAAACCUUGCGAACGGUCAACCGUGCGAUAGCGGUGCUAAGUCGAUUCUGUUCCCUUGUCAUCGGGCGAUGCUCCUGCGGUCGGAGUUCUUCCAGACCAUGUUUGCCUCUUCAUUCCGUGAAGCGCACAUGAAAGACAACCUGAAUGUCAUCAAUGUGGACUGCUCCCCGGAGGUCCUGGAGAUUGUGCUAACCUUCCUCUAUACCGAGCGGGCUGAUUUCCCGCUCGACAUUGCGGUGGAUGUCCUCUUCGCAGCAGACAUGCUAUUUAUCGAGAAGCUCAAGACCAAGGCCGCUGUUGUCAUCAGCACGCUCGGCAGCGGCAACAUGUCGCAGGCGGAAGCCGCAAGGACGCGAGGCACGGAGGAGGAUGAUUUGGACAUCUACGCCAUCAUCCGGGCUGCCUGGUUGACGCGCGUGCAGCGACUGGAGGAGUUCGCGGCUCGAUUCCUGGCAUACCGGCUGGAAGCUCACAUCGACACUCCGGAAUUCUCAGAGCUGAUCCAGGAGUCGGCAUCGCGCAUCCAAGGAAGACAGGAGACUGACUCCAUCGAAAUGCUGGACGAUAUCCGCUUCUACUUGGGCGAACGAUUCAGAUUGAGGUUCGAUGAUGCUGGUAUCGACGAGAUGAUGGAAGAUGAAAACGCGCAGCCGGCUGCCGGCGAGACCAACGGAGACGUUGACAAGGUUGCCGAGGGGGUCGAGGCGAUUGAGCUUUCGAAGGACGGCUCAGCCCCUGCUGCCACCAUCGCGCCCGAACAGACACCAGAGGGAAAGGAGGCGGCUCUCAUCCGGACGUUGGAUGGCGAAAUAGCGGUCGACGAGUUCGACAAGGAUGCGAUCAACUACCAGAUCCUGAUGGACAAGCUCGACAGGAUCCUGGAGAACCUGAACCUGGACGCCUAA